CAAGUCGUCGCUGACGUUCUUGUCCUUCCCGUAUGUCAAACCCGCUCACCGCGAUCAGCCACCGGGGCCUUCGAUAACGGCCAACCGCCCGCCUCUAUGGCUGUCACAGCACCAAAUCGACUCACGCUCACUUACACCGACAUAAUGCUCCCGCUCCUGCUCUCUCGGCCUACAAAGCCAGUUCCUGCUCCUCGCGACUCCUCCAACCCCCUUCCUCGUCAACACUUGGCCCAACCACAGUCAGGAGUGCCUGCUGUCACCCCCCUUCACACUUCAUACCUCCUUUCGCUUCACAGUCACUAUGAGUGAUCUAGCAGUUUAUCCGUCGCUCGCCAACCCCAUUGGCGCGGGCCGCCGCGUGUCUGGCUUGACCAUCAUGACUGACCUGUCAAUGUCUAGCUUCCCGGAGUACGUGGAUCCGUUUACCUCAUCAGACGAUACCAUGACAAAUUCGCCUGCUACCAUGGCCGCCGCAAAUCGCCUCGUUGAGAAGGUCAAAGGGGACGAAGCUGGGAGGCAUCCCUCGCCUCAGCCGACCCACGUCAGCUAUCCUCUGUCCAAGGUCAACGGCAAUGGGCACAGGGUUCUGCGUUCGGCCACGGUUGGCUAUGUCGCCCCCGAGUUCAAGGGCAAGAAGGAGCAGAUGAGCCAAGCCAAGGAGUUCAUCACGAAGGGCGGCUGGAUCCCCGACGCGCUGGUCGACGCACAGGUUCAAUGGUUCUACAAUGAGCUGGGCAUCGACGAUGUCUACUUCCAGGCCGAGAACCCCGAAGUCAUCGCCAACCACAUCACUUCUCUGUAUGCCGCCAAGGUCGCCGCAUUUGCGCGCGAGGACAAGCGGGAAGAGAUCCGCUUGGACAUGGAAGCCUCGGAUCACGCCAUCUAUAUCGACACCAGCGAGCCCGGCAAGUCCGCAAUGAACGGGCCUCAAUAUGAACACCGCCUCGAGUCCAAGUACCUGGACGGCAGUGACACAUCAAAGCGUUUCCGCGUCGAGACAUUCAGGUCCCCCAGCAGCAUGGGGCAUGCAGACUUCAAGGCGACCCUGCGCUGCUACUUCGUCUACCAGUGCCAGUUCGUUGAACCCAACGCCGACCCUAAGGAAACUCGGCUUGAGGUUAUCAGCGACCGCAUGUUCCUUGCCAAGGCGACCAAGAACACCAAGCAGAUCUACCAGGAGAUCAUCGAGGCCUCUGUCAGCCGGACUGGCCCGGUCAUCGAGGUCUUCGACAUUGAAGGCUUGCAGGAGAAGCGGUUGGUCGUCGCAUUCCGCUCAAGGACUGCAAGAGGGCUGUUCAGCGCCCUCAGCGACCUCUACCACUACUACGGAGUUACGAGCUCCCGGAAGUACGUCGAGCAGUUCUCCAACGGCAUCACCGUCAUGAGUAUCUACUUGCGGCCCGCACCGAACGUCGACUCCAAGUAUCCGCCGAUCGAGGAGUCGAUCCACCAGAUCACCCAGGAGGUAUCGCUUCUGUACUGCAUGCCGCAGACCAAGCUGCACUCCCUGUUCGCUUCCGGGGAGCUGAGCUUGCAAGAGACCUCCUAUGCGCAUUGCGUGUGGGUCUUUGUGCAGCACUUCCUGAACCGCCUGGGUUCCGAGUACGCUUCGCUUGUCGCAACGCUCGACCCCAGCAACAACGGCCAUGCCGAGAUCCUAUCCAGGAUGAAGAAGCGCCUGCGCACAGAGACCUUCACUCCCGACUAUAUCCUCGAGAUCAUCCUCUCCCACCCCCAGCUCAUCCGUGCCCUGUACGCCUCCUUCGCCAGCGUCCACAUGAAGGUUGGGGCCGGUUUCGACGUCCGCAACAUCGCUCCGACCCCCACCACCGAGGUCCUUUCGGAUGCUAAGCUUAAGGACCAGAUCACCAAGGAUGUCACGAACGAGCACGAGGAGAUGGUCAUGACCGCCUUCCGCGUCUUCAACAAGGCCGUUCUCAAGACCAACUACUUCACCCCGACAAAGGUUGCCUUGAGCUUCCGGCUAGACCCCUCUUUCCUCCCCGCGAUUGAGUACCCGACGCCGCUCUACGGUAUGUUCCUCGUCAUCACAUCCGAGUCUCGCGGCUUCCAUCUGCGCUUCAAGGAUGUUUCACGCGGUGGCAUCCGUAUCGUCAAGUCGCGCAGCAAGGAGGCCUACUCGAUCAACGCCCGCAAUCUGUUCGACGAGAACUACGCUCUCGCCAGCACACAGCAACGCAAGAACAAGGACAUCCCCGAGGGUGGCUCCAAGGGUGUCAUCCUGCUGGACCCCAAGCAACAGGACAAGGCGCGCGAGGCGUUCGAGAAGUAUAUUGACAGCAUUCUGGACUUGCUGCUCAAGGCCGAGACACCGGGCAUCAAGAACCCCAUCGUCGAUCUCUACGGGAAGGAGGAGAUUGUCUUUAUGGGCCCGGAUGAGAACACGGCCGACCUUGUCGACUGGGCCACAGAGCACGCCCGCAACCGUGGCGCCCCCUGGUGGAAGUCGUUCUUCACCGGCAAGUCGCCAAAGCUUGGCGGCAUCCCUCACGACACAUACGGCAUGACGACGCUGUCGGUGCGGGAGUAUGUCAAGGGUAUCUAUCGCAAGCUCAACCUCGACCCAUCGACUGUGAGGAAGAUGCAGACAGGAGGGCCCGACGGCGAUCUGGGAAGCAACGAAAUCCUUCUCAGCAACGAGAAGUACACGGCCAUCGUCGACGGCUCGGGUGUUUUGGUUGACCCCAAUGGCAUCAACAAGGAAGAGCUGCACCGCCUCGCCAAGAAGCGCCAGAUGAUUGUGCACUUUGACUUGUCCAAACUGACCAAGGACGGCUACCGGGUGCUGUGCGACGACUCGAACAUCACCCUGCCCACCGGAGAAGUUGUCAACAACGGCACGGCAUUCCGGAACACAUACCAUCUUCGGGAAAGCGGCUUGACCGACAUCUUCGUGCCCUGCGGCGGUCGGCCCGAGUCGAUUGACCUGGUCUCGGUCAACAAGCUCAUCAAGGACGGCAAGUCGACCGUCUCGUACCUGGUCGAGGGCGCCAACCUGUUCAUCACGCAAGAUGCCAAACUCCGCCUCGAGCAGGCCGGCUGCGUCGUGUACAAGGACGCUAGCGCUAACAAGGGCGGCGUGACCAGCUCGUCGCUCGAGGUCCUCGCGUCGCUCAGCUUCGACGACACUGGAUUCGUCGAGCACAUGUGCCACGACCGCAAGGGCAACGUGCCCGCCUUCUACCGGGCGUAUGUCAAGGCGGUGCAGGAAAAGAUCCAGGAGAAUGCCCGCCUUGAGUUUGAGGCCAUCUGGCGCGAGCACGAGCAGACGGGCAUCUCGCGCUCAAUCCUGUCGGACAAGCUGUCGACCGCCAUCACGACGCUCGACGAGCAGCUGCAGCACUCGGACCUAUGGGAGAACGAGAACGUCCGCCGCGCCGUGCUCGAGGACGCCCUGCCCAACCUGCUGAUUGAGAGGAUUGGCCUCGACACCAUCAUCCACCGCGUCCCCGACGCGUACCUGCGCGCCAUCUUUGGCAGCUACCUCGCCAGCCGGUUCGUCUAUGAGUGCGGUAGCUCACCGAGCCAGUUUGCCUUCUAUGACUUCAUGUCGAAGAGGAUGGCCAACAUCAACAAGGCCUAAUUUCACUUUUCAGUAAUUCCCUGUUUGGUAUUGGUUUGUAGCAUUUGUAUUUGGGCGAUUCGGCGUACAAAAACCACAGCAGCGUUAGAGAAAAACACACCCAGCCCAUUUUGGGCAUGGAG